GUCUGUGCUGGAGCUCCUCCCCUUCCAUCUCUCUCUCUCUCCAUCCCUCCUUCUCUCUCUUCCUCCGCCAGCCUCUUUCCCCAUCCCUCCAUCCUUCUCUCCUCCUUUGUUUUGCCAUGCAGAGCCCUCCAUGGAGCCGCUGAGCCACCACAGCACCGGCCUUCCCCGCCUCUCCUGGAUCGACACCCUCUAUAGCAACUUCAGCUACGGGUCGGAGGACUAUGACGCGGAGGGGAACGAGGAGCCCAAGGCGCCCCCGCCGGAGGCCAUGCCUUACAUUGACGAGUCCCCCACCAUGUCCCCACAGCUGGGGGCCCGGGGCCCGGACGAGGGGGCCGACCAUGCAACGCCCAAUGGGAGCACCAGCAACAAUGGGGGAGCGGCAGGGGAUGCGGAGGGGAAGGGGCAGGACAUGCGCCUGGUGGUGCUCAAGGACUUCCUGGCCAACGAAGAGAUGUAUCUCCACCAGCUGGAGGCCCUCCUCCUGCCGCUGAAGCCUCUGAGGGCCACUGCCACCACGUCGCAACCAGUGCUGACGGCCCAGCAGAUCGAGACCAUCUUUUACAAGAUCCAGGAGAUCUACGAGAUCCACAAGGAGCUCUAUGAUGGGCUCUGGCCACGGGUCCAGGCCUGGGACAGCGCUGCGGUGCAGGGACACCUCUUCCAGAAGAUGGCCUCCCAGCUGGGCGUCUACAAGGCCUUUGUGGACAACUACAAGGUCGCAUUAGAGACGGCCCUAAAGUGCAGCCAGAAUAACAACCAGUUCCAGAAAAUCUCAGAGGAGCUGAAGGUGAAGGGGCCGAAGGACUCCAAGGAGAGCCACACCUCCGUCUCCAUGGAAGCACUGCUGUACAAGCCAAUAAACCGCGUGACCCGCAGCACGCUCGUGUUACAUGACCUGCUGAAGCACACUCCACCCGACCACCCGGACUUCCCUCUGCUGCAGGACGCCCUCCGCGUCUCCCAGACCUUCCUCUCCAGCAUCAACGAGGACAUCGACCCCCGCCGGACCGCCGUCACCACCCCCAAGGGGGAGACCCGCCAGCUGGUCAAGGAUGGCUUCCUGGUGGAAGUGGCCGAAGGGUCCCGCAAGCUGCGCCACCUCUUCCUCUUCACCGACAUGCUGCUCUGCGCCAAGCUCAAGAAGGCCGCCGCUGGGAAGCCCCAGCAGUACGAGUGCAAGUGGUACCUGCCGCUGGCGGAGCUGGUCUUCCCGUCGCCGGAGGAGUCGGACGCCUGCCCUCAAGUGCAGGCCAUGCCCGACCACGACCUGGAGGACGUCAAGAUGAAGAUCUCCUCCAUCAAGAGCGAGGUCCAGAAGGAGAAGGCCAGCAAAGGCCAGAGUCGGGCGGUGGAGCGCCUCAAGAAGAAGAUGUUUGACAAUGAGUUCUGGUUGCUUCUCAACUCGCCUUCCAUCCCUUUCCGGAUCCACAACCGCAACGGAAAGAGCUACUUAUUCCUUUUGUCGUCUGACUACGAACGAGCCGAGUGGAGGGAAGCCAUCCAGAAACUGCAAAAGAAAGACCUCCAGGCCUUUGUGCUCAGCUCCAUUGAGCUGCAAGUGCUGACCGGCUCCUGCUUCAAGCUGCGCACCGUCCAUCACCUCCCGGUCACCAGCAAUAAGGACGAUGAUGAAUCCCCAGGCAUGAAUGGCUUCUUGCACGUCAUCGUCCACUCGGCCACGGGCUUCAAACACUCGGCCAACCUGUACUGCACGCUGGAAGUGGACUCCUUCGGGUACUUUGUCAGCAAAGCCAAGACGCGCGUCUUCAGGGACACCACCGAGCCCCAGUGGAACGAGGAAUUUGAGAUCGAGCUGGAGGGCUCCCAGACGCUCCGGAUCCUGUGUUACGAGAAAUGCUACGACAAGAGCAAAAUGAACAAGGACAACAAUGAGAUCGUGGACAAGAUCGUGGGCAAGGGGCAAGUCCAGCUCGACCCGCAGACGGUUCAGACCAAGGACUGGCACAUGGAUGUCAUUGAGAUGAAUGGGGUCAAGGUGGAGUUUUCCAUGAAGUUCACCAGCCGGGACCUGAGCCUGAAGAGGACCCCCUCCAAAAAGCAAACGGGGGUCUUUGGGGUCAAGAUCAGCGUGGUCACCAAGCGGGAGCGCUCCAAGGUGCCCUACAUCGUCCGCCAGUGCAUCGAGGAAGUCGAGAAGCGUGGCAUCGACGAAGUGGGCAUCUACCGCAUCUCCGGGGUGGCCACUGACAUCCAGGCCCUGAAGGCCGCCUUUGAUGCCAACAGCAAAGACAUCCUGAUGAUGCUGAGCGACAUGGACAUCAACGCUAUUGCGGGGACCCUGAAGCUGUACUUCCGGGAGCUGCCCGAGCCCCUCCUCACCGACCGGCUCUACCCCGCCUUCAUGGAGGGCAUCGCCCUCUCCGACCCGGCGGCCAAAGAGAACUGCAUGAUGCACCUCUUGCGCUCCUUGCCGGACCCCAACCUCAUCACCUUCCUCUUCCUGCUGGAACACUUGAAGCGGGCGGCCGAGAAGGAGCCGGUCAACAAGAUGUCUCUGCACAACCUGGCCACGGUCUUUGGCCCCACGCUGCUGCGGCCCUCCGAGGGGGAGAGCAAGGGGCCCCUCAGCCUGGCCUCCGACAUCUGGUCCCACGACGUCAUGGCCCAGGUCCAAGUGCUGCUGUACUACUUGCAGCACCCGCCCCUCUCUUUCGCCGAGCUCAAGCGCAACUUGCUCUACUUCUCUACCGACGUGUAGCCUACAAGUGAACAAUGGCCCGGCUUUUCUGAAGCGGAGAGACGCAGACCCCGGACGCUGCUCCAAACCGAGGAGGACGUUGUUGUUGUUGUUACUCACAACAACUUGUUGUUGUUGUUGUUGUUCCCCAGGACUCGCGCUGCCUGUGCCUCUCGGACAACCGUUUUGUACAACCUUCCCUCUUCUUCCCCCCUUUAGCGGUCCGAAUCUCUUUUUGUAUCGAUUCCCAGGAAUCGACACAGCCUCAAUGGAACAACUUCUCAAAGUACGGCAGCUUCUUGGGGAUCUUUAGGACGUUUUGCCCCAUGACUAUGAGAGCAAUCUUCUCCUCCCUGAAUGGCGGCUUGGAAGGAAGCAGGGGCUCCCUUUCCCGUCCUGUUUCUCUCUUUAUUCCUAUCGGUUUCCCUACUCUCGUGCCGUAAAAAGUUUCCAAAGCUGACGGCGAAAUGGUGACUUUUGUGUGCGAACGAGAGAGAGAGAAGAAAGCGAGCUCUCAUUUCCCUUUGUGGUUUAUUUAUGGUUCGACGCAGAGCUAAUUCUGUUGCCAAAAUCCCCCCAAAGGACUGAGUAACAUCCCGUUUCACCUCGUGGAUUAUCCUCUUGAAUUCACGGCUUCACAAAGGCGAUGGGUCUCCG